GCUGCCGCUCUGCCCGCGCUCCGUGCCGACCGUGCCGCUUUAUCCCCGCUCCGUGGCGAUGCUGCCGCGCCGCCCGCCCGGCUCCAGCCGCCUGUGUCCGCGCUUGUCCCCGCUGUCCCUUCUGUGCCCGUUGUCCCCUUAGCCCCGGGCCGCCGUGUCCCCGCCGUGUCCGCCCCCCCGCCCGUCUCUGUCGCCGUGUGCGCGCUGCCGGCGGGGCGGGCGGGAUGUGGCGGCUGUUGCUGGGCCGGGGUCGUUGUGCUCCCACCCCCGCCCGCCCCGCCUGUGCCCCCGGGCUGGGCGGCGGCGGCCGCGGCCACAGCCCCGAGCGGGCGCCCGCGUGUCAGGAUGGCCCGGAGCGAGGAGGACGGCGGCAGGCACUGCCCGGCCUGGUGCCCCGCUACUCCGUGCGGGAGGCYGUCACCUGGGGCGCUGUGGGCGCGCUGCUGCUGCAGCUGCUCAGGCAGAUCGCCUGGCUGAGGUCGCUGCCGGACGCCAGGACAGAAAGAAGGGUGCCCUGGCUCUCCUCGCUGCCCCCGCAGCCCACAGUGGUGACUGAAGCCUCAACCAGCUGUCCCAGUGAGCAGCCGGGGUCCCAGUUCCUGCAGAAAGCAAGUCCAGAGGCUGUACCAGAGGAUUCAUCCUCAGGCAUCCCCUCAGGGCAAGGAGAGAGGCAGCCCUGGGCAGAAGGAGGGGAGUUCCAAAUCCCUGUGAGCUCCAGGGUGGGGCCAGUUCUCCACAGUGCAAAGGGUGACCCAGCUCUGCGAGGGCAUUUAGAGGAAGCCGCUUUCCAAUUGCAGCAGAUUUUCCGAAUUGAUAUUUCCAUUGCAUUGAAUAUCCUUGGGAUUGAGAGCAUGAGGGCAGGGCACAGCCGGGUUGCCUUCACCUGCUUCAAGCUGGCGGCRGAUCGGGGCUACAGCAAAGCCCAGUUCAACGUGGGGCUGUGCUACGAGCAUGGCAGGGGCACGGAAAAGGACCUGGAAAAGGCAGGAUUUUAUUACUGCCRGGCAGCCAGCAGCUGUCACCCCAUGGCCCAGUACCGCUAUGCCAGGUUCCUCCUGCAGCACGGCCCUGCCAACGCCCGGGACAGGCAUCACAAGGCUGUGGCACUCCUGGAGCAAGCAGCAGUGGCUGGRAUUACAGAGGCACAGGCUUAUCUUGGCGUGUUCUACAUGAGGGGGCUGCAGUCCCAGGAGAAGAGGGGUCUGAAGUAUCUGCUGCAGGCAGCAAACAGUGGUGAUGCCCAGAGCAGGUACCACGUGGGCGUGUGCUACGAGCAGGGCCUGGGAGCACGGCAGGACCUGGCGGAGGCGCUGAGGCACUACCGGCAGGCGGCGGCUGCAGGCAGCAGGCAGGCCCAGGACAGACUGCGGGCAUGGGAGCACGAGCUGCAAGGUGUGCACACAAAGCAUCCCUUCCCUUCGGGAUUAAGAGCCUCCUCCUCCAGCCCCAGUUUCUGGACUCUUGAGCCUGUGUGUGCAGGUGUCCCCAGCACCCAGGCAGGACARUGUGCCCUACCCCUGCCCCACUCGUGGAGCACAGACAGGCUCCAUGUGAUGCUGCUGAGCAGUGCAGGAUGGAGCCAUGCCUUUGGAGCCAGGACAGUGCCUCUGGAGCUGCGGGGCUGGGAGCCCCAGCACUGCUGGCAGUAGGGCAGCCAGUGGGUGACACAGGCAGRGGCAAGGCAGCCUUGGAGUGGCCUGGGAGCAGGCUGGCAGUGAGUGGGGAGACAAAGCUUUCUGUUCGUGGAACAGGAGGCAUUUUUAAGUACCAGGGAUUGAGAAUAAACCUUGUGAUGUUUCCUGCAAUGCCAAGUCCUCUGGACCUCUUACACUGCACACAAGGACGUUGCUUCUGUACCUGCAUUUCAUUAUUAGAGCCAUGCACAAACUCCCACCGUGCCACUGGCACAGGGUGCCCAGAGAAGCUGUGGCUGCCCCUGGAUCCCUGGAAGUGUCCAGGGCCAGGCUGGACACUGGGGCUUGGAGCACCCUGGGACCAUGGAAGGUGUCCCUGUCACGGCAGGGAACAAGAUGAACUUAAAGCCUCCUCCAGCCCAAACCAUUCUGUGGUUCUGCCCCACAGUGGUGUGAUUUGGGGGUACAGUUCCUGUAGCCCAGCAUGUCUUGCACGUGGUACCCCAGCAAGGUUUACAAGCCACCAUUUAGGGACACUGGCAACUACCCCUGGGACUGUCCUAGCCCACACCCUCUGAGGCAAUGUGCUCUCUCUUCAGGGCAAGUCCUCAACGUGGCCCUGCUACCAGCACAGGCUGGGCUGGCUCUCUGUUGCCACUGUCCAGUUGAAUCUGCUUUCAAACCUGGGCAAGCACAAGUGAAUUUUCAUUAUUAGGACCCRGUUUUUUAUGGGAUGUGACAGACUCACUUGUGUCAGUGAGAGUGACAGCUGUCCCUGGCCAUCCUGCCCCAUGUCAGUGUCCUUCUGUGCCCAGUCCUCACUCCUGCAGCCCUGGCAGYGAGCUGCUCCCAUGGGCACACCUCUGAAACACAGUGAGCAAGGUUUGCUUCAGAAUUCAUCUUGUCCCUGUUUGCYGAGCACACCAGCUCGUUUUCAGCAGAGUGGAUAAGGGAUGCUCCCAGCGGGGAGGCACCACUGGCAGGCAGCAGCAGCAGGCAGCUGGUAUGAUAAUUUCUUCCACUGGGGCAGGUGAAUCUGGAAAAAGGCAUUUGUUCACACCAGUUUAAACUGGUUCAAGGGCAUCUSUGCAAACUGUCCGGCUUCCUGUGGCCGUGGUGCUCUGCUGCUUUGUGCAGAUCAGGCUCUGCAAAACAAAGGCAACAGCCUCAUCCUGAACUUCUCCACGCAGCAAGGGAGGGGCACAGCCAGCCCUCAACACAUCUGAUUGUUCUGAUCUGCUCUCUCCUUCUGCUCAGACCAAACUUUCUUAGCCCAUUUCCUUUAUCAAGCAGGAUACAAGGAGCAGGAAAUUCCUGGGGUGGAUUUCCUAUGCUGUGAUAAUCCCCAGUGUGCUUACGCAUUGCUCAGGAUGGGAGAGGGGCUGCGGGGUUGAAAGCAGUUUGCARAAUCAGGAAAUUGAACCAAGAGGGAGGAAUUUGUCUCCUUUUAAACCUGCUUGUUAAAAGGUAUUUUUGUGUAGGAUUGUCCUCYAACAGGCACAUCAAAGCAACUUUGCACAGGGAGAUGUGAGGUUGUGCCGKGUGUUUGUCCCUCUCUGUGUGCUCCCCAGGUGCAGAGGAAUCCCACAGGGCUGCACCUCCUCAGUCACRAAUGCUUCCCUCCUGGUUUGCACAGCUGCAUCUCAGUCAGAAYUUGGCUCUCUGACAUUGUUUUGGUGCAAGAACCUGUUUUGUUUGUAAAACAAACCAGCAAGAGAUUUGUGUUAGCAGAGCAGCAGCAUGAGCAGACCAGGCCAAACCCAUCUGUGGAUGGGUGCCAGACAUGGGCUCAUCUGCACAAGCAUUUUGGAGACUCCAAAUAAAACAGAACAUUUUGGAUAUUAAGAAGUCCACCUGGGGAAAUCUUACUCUAUAGCUCUUG